GGCUUGCUCGAAGCGACAAGAGCAGGACGUGGCCGUCGACUUGCCCUAACCCACGGCGCACUGCCACGAUGCCUGGAUAGAUCCUGCUUGCAGAGCGGAUGCUAUAUGUAUUAUAGACGUUGCAUGACGCACGUCUUGUCGGUAGAAGCACAAAUCGCUUUUCAGCCGUCGGCAGCCUCUUCGUGUGCAGUGACGAGGCGUUUUUCUCUCUUCAGAGCCGUGGCUGUUGCAUCAACAAGGCGCAGUCAGCCUGUUCACAUUGGUCCACGUGAUGCUGCAGACUUGCCUGCAGCCAACUCCCCAGCCGCCUGGGAUAACUACACCUUUUACUGGUCGCUACAAUCGUGCUUCAUUGUCUCGUGCCCAUCUCUGGCAAGAACCAAGAGCGCAUAGGCGAUGGCGCCCAAGGAACCGCCCAGCGCAGCGGCAAGUCCAGCAUCCGACUUGCGUGCUGAGAUCACCACGCUCAUAGAUGGCUUACUUUCAAUGCCCCUUACCUUGACCCGGGAACUCGAACUCCAGGUGGUCGCUGUUAUGAGGCUUCUUAAACGACUCAUGAAAGCUGACCUGCCCCCGAGCGCAGAGGCGCGAGCGCACAGUUUCAUCAGGAACGUUCGCGCGUACAAGGAGAUACUUGUGGAGAGAUGUACACUAUCGCGAGGUAGCGACCCGAAAAUGGACAGGAAUGCCAUGCUGGUGCAGACAUCUAUGAUUGCGAUGGGGGCUGAGAUGAGCUUGAUGGCCUUUGAGCUAGAUCACAAGCCCCGGCGGCUGGGGACCCCCAUGGUCAAAUCAUCGGCGGAGAGAAAGACGGUGGAAUUCCCUGAAUGCGUCUCAGCGACUGGGGGAGAACAGGUAUCUAGGUCGGGUUUCAGGGGCAGAAGAGCUCCCUUGUCCAAAGAGCAGAAGGAAAGGGCAUUUCAAGUGCGUCGUGCAGCAUGGCAUACGAUUCAACCUCCAGAGGCGCCACGAGACGCAAGUUGCCAGGCUGUCCCUGCGUCUGGACCAGUCCACACAAGUAUGGUGGCUGCGGAGGUAGAGUCGGGACAACGCCCCUUGCAACGGCGAGUCAAGGUAUGCUACAUGCUGCUCCUUGCUGGAGGGUUGUUCAUUCUAGGGAGCAUGGUUUGGGGCAUACACUGUUCACUCCACGGCGCUAUGGGCGACGGAUUUACAGGCGCAAGCUGGCUGGUCGCGGUCGGCACGCUCGUCCUCGGACCACCCAUGGCCAUCCACUACAGGAAAUGUCGAUGUUGGGUGCGAGGCUACGACGAGCCCCCGCAACAGGAGCGGCAGCAGCAGCAGCAGCGAGAGAGACCAGGAUACGCCGCACCACAAUUCUUGGAGAGGGAUCUCAUGCCUUUCCAACCAACCAUCUGCAGCAUGUCUGGGAGACAUUCACAGAUGGCCCAACCGAUCGGCCCAAUUGACUACUCAGUGCUGUUCUCAGAUUCUGACAAUGAUGAACUCGAGCAGACACCCGGAGCAGAAUGGAAAAGGCAGCGUGUGGAGCAGUGGGCGAUGGACGUGGCGAGCGGCUGGGACCUCACAUAUAUACAAAAAUCUCUAAGGGACUGAAUAAGAAUAUGCGAGAGAUCUUCUGUCAAGUCUCUCUAGUCUAGUCACCACAGGGUAGGUUGAUGACCAUGUGCGGCCCAGGUGCAGCUUACCCCAGACUAGCUCCACCUGAUCUAUGCCGCUGCUCUCGGCCCGCCGCACUCGUCGAAUAUGCCUCGGCUACGUAAGUACUUACCACCUCCAUACAUG